AUGUCAAAACAAUGGGCUUCCAAAGAUGAUGGUGCAUUCAAGAGACAGGUUUCUUCUUUUAGAGAGAAUAUCUGUCAUGAGCAUCCAAUUUAUAAACCAGCUAAAGGUAGAUAUUGGUUAUAUGUUUCCUUGGCAUGUCCAUGGGCUCAUAGAACAUUGAUUACAAGAGCAUUGAAAGGUUUGAUUCCAAUUAUUGGUGUCAGUAUUGUUCAUUGGCAUAUGGAUGAGAAGGGAUGGAGAUUCUUAACAAGUGAAGAUCAAGAAGUUCCUUUCGAUAUUAAUAAGGCAUCUACUAUAAAUGGUGGUAUAGAGACUACAAAUUUAAAUGAAUAUACUCCAACAGGUCAUAUUGCAAAUGACAGUUCAAGACCAAUGAUCGAUGGAACGAUUGAACCACUUUAUAUUUAUAAGAGAUUAAGCGAUCUUUACUACAAAAGUAAUCCUGAUUACUCUGCAAGAUUUACUGUUCCAGUUUUAUGGGAUAAAGAGACACAAACAAUCGUGAACAAUGAAAGUGCUGAAAUUUUAAGAAUGUUCAACUCUGGUGUUUUUGAUGAGUUCGUGGAAGAUAAAUCUUCUAUUGUAGUAAAAGAUUUGUAUCCUACAAAGUUACAAAAAGAUAUUGAUGAAUUGAACACAUGGAUUUAUGACAAUAUAAAUAACGGUGUAUAUAAAUCAGGGUUUUCUGAAAAACAAGAGGUUUAUGAGAAAGAAGUAACAAAUGUGUUUUUUCACCUUGACAAAGUCGAAAGGAUAUUGCAUGAAAAUUACAAAAACUUGGAAACAAAAUAUGGAAAAGCAGAAGUUUCAAAACAUCUGGAUGAAUAUUUCCUCCUAAAUAAUACUUUAACCGAAGUUGAUGUCAGAUUAUACACAACAAUUGUAAGAUUUGAUCCAAUUUACGUUCAACAUUUCAAAUGUAAUUUUACUACAAUUAGAGCAGGCUACCCAUUUAUUCAUAAAUGGUUGAAAAAUUUAUAUUGGAAUUAUGAUGCUUUUGGUAAAACUACUGAUUUCAAUCAUAUUAAAUUACAUUAUUCUCGUUCUCAUCCAAGAAUUAAUCCACUUGGUAUAACUCCAUUAGGACCAAAACCUGACAUUUUACAAAUGAAUGAAUAA